AGAUGGCGCCCCCGCUAGGACUCUGACCAAUGGGGGGAGGAGGGAGGGGCUCCGUGUCGCCAUUGACGUGCCGAGCCAAAACAAAGCAGCGAACGACAAGGCGAAUGUCCACCAAGUGACACAGGGAAACGGACAGCCGAAGCAAUGGGGAAGUUUCACUCUCAGAUGGCAAACCCCAAAGACGAGAGUCAGGACUCCUUGACGGCCUCCGGGGAGUACGGUGAGGACGAAGACAACGAGGGGGUCGGAAAGAACGGAGACGUGUCCCAGUUCCCCUACGUGGAGUUCACCGGGCGGGACAGCGUCACCUGCCCGACGUGUCAGGGCACCGGCAGGAUCCCACGAGGCCAGGAGAACCAGCUUGUGGCUCUGAUUCCGUACAGCGACCAGAGGCUCAGGCCCAGCCGCACAAAGCUGUAUGUCACCAUAUCAGUGGCCCUUUGCCUGCUGCUGUCGGGCCUGGCGGUGUUCUUCCUGUUCCCUCGCUCCAUUGAUGUCUCCUAUGUGGGAGUGAAGUCUGCCUACGUCUCCUAUGACCUUGACAGACGGAUCGUCUAUCUCAAUGUCACGAGCACUCUGAACAUCACCAACAACAACUACUACACCGUAUCUGUGACCAACAUCACGGCCCAAGUGCAGUUCUCCAAGACUGUGAUUGGCAAAGCCAAGCUCAACAACAGCUCUGUGAUCAGCCCGCUGGACGAACGGCAGAUUGACUACACUGUUCCCACCACCAUUGCUGAUGAGAUGAGUUAUAUGUUUGACUACUGCACCUUGCCGAGCAUUAAGGUUCACAACAUAGUGGUCAUGAUGCAGGUGACGGUGACCACGUCGUACUUUGGCCACACCGAGCAGGUCUCCCAGGAGAUGUACCAGUACGUGGACUGCGGGGGGAACACCACCUCCUUGCAUGGCGGUGUGCAGGUCUACCAAUGAAAGAAAGGCGGAGCAGCCACCGCUGUGAAGGAGGUUCUCGCGGAAAACACUGGGGGCUCGCUUCCAGGGAGCAAACCGUUGCUCGGUAACAACAGAAUGAUGGGAGGGACAUAGCUUUUCUUAAACUAGUCAGUGGCUCAUUCAUUCCUAAAUUUCUCCCUGCAGAGGUAAAAUGUGAUGAGCUUUUUUUAAAGGUUGGUAACCGGCCAAACUGAUCGGCCAAAGCAGAAUUUAGCAGGAUCUGCCCUUGACCUUUAUUCUAAUUUGGUUAUUAGAAUAACCUGGUUAAACUGGUGCCAAAAAACAGACUUGAUAUUUUAGUAUUCACCUCAACAAUGCGUUUACAUUGUCAUUUAUAAACCAGUAGCACUUUAACAUGAUCAAUAAACGCAAAUAAUAAUAUGAAUGUAGAUUUUACCCCACUACUAUAUGCCACUUAUAAAAGAAUUAAAAAAAAACAAAUUAAGUUCAAAAGGCAAACCCGCUGACCAGCUCUUUCCUUUCUCUUUUUAUUGUGUUUCUCUUGAUAUUAGUGCAAUAUCGGUGAGGUUUAUGACAUUUGUUUUUUUGCUUCUCCAUUUUUAUUUUGAAUAUUGGUAAUAUUAUUAUUAUCUAUCGGUUUUGCGAGCUGUUAUCAUUCACCUGAUAGAUUGAAUGGCAAAUGUGGCUACUAUGACGACAGCAGCGUGGUACCAGGAGGUUGUAAAAUAUAUUUCAAAAAAGGGAUGACCUUUUCUUUUUCAUAGCAACUGUGUAAGCAUUAGAGUUGGCUUUAAGAUAUAGAGGUGUAAAUGUGUUUUCACCUUUUAAUUAAGGUAAUUUGAUUUCUGUGUGUUUGCAAUUUAACAACCUUGCUGUUGACUUGUGCUUUCAGGUUUUUAAAAUAAGUAAGACUACAUAUUGUUAACUUUUGUUUGGGUCUUUUCAAAAUGAUCACUUAAUGUACUUUGGUCUGACAGGAAAACACCCAAAACACAUCUAAUACGUUAUUUCAGUUAUUUCAGAGAUUGCGUGGGUAAAAUAUAACGUUGUCAUAUCACAGGAGCUCCUCGUGGAACUCUUCCAUUAUUUCGCUUCCAGACAAAGUUAUACGGAACCAUUGAUUCACGCAUAUAAAAUAAACGGCAUGGCGAAGGAUUUGAAUCAAGUCAAAAAUACAUUUCAUGCUGAACGUCAUCUACAGGACAGGCCACAGGAGUAAAAUACUAUACAUAAUAAACAGGCAUAACGUUUUGACUUCUAAUACCUUCUUGGUUGUAUGUAUUUCAUGCAUAUAUAUAUGCAAUAAAAACAUUUUGCAUUGAAAGGUU